UCGUUAUUUCCCUGCGUGCUGACGUCACUUACAGAAACUCUUGCGCGUGUGGCCUGCAGUUCGGACAGCGGUCAGAUCAUCAGAUCACCAAACAUCAGAAACUCUCACCAUGGGAAACUGCCAACCAACCGUUGUUCCUUAUGAAGACUUUGAUGUAGUUGCUGACAUAAAGGCCAUUCGCAAAGCCUGCAAAGGUUUCGGAACUGAUGAGCAAGCCAUCAUAGACAUCCUAGCCAAUCGAAGUGCAGCUCAGAGACUGGAGAUCAAGCAAGCAUACUUUGACAAAUAUGAUGAUGAGCUGGUGGAGGUUUUGAAGAGUGAGCUGACUGGUAAUUUUGAGAAUGCCAUUGUCGCCAUGCUAGACCCUCCUCACGUGUUUGCUGUCAAAGAGCUCAGGAAGGCCAUGAAGGGUGCUGGCACGGACGAGGAUGUCCUGGUGGAGAUUCUGUGCACUUCUACCAAUGCUGAGAUUGCCACUUACAAAGAUACCUACACCUAUGUGCAUGACAGGGAUUUGGAGGCAGACAUUGAAGCAGACACCAGUGGGGAUGUUAGGAGACUGCUAACAUUGCUUCUCGAGGGCAACAGAGACGAGAGCUACGAGGUGGACGAAGCGCUGGCAGAGCAAGAUGCCGUCUCACUGUUUGAAGCUGGAGAGGGCUGCUUUGGCACAGAUGAGUCAACUUUCAGCUUCAUUCUGGCCACCAGGAACUACUUACAACUGCAGGUCACAUUCAAAGCAUAUGAAGCCAUUUCUGGAACAGAGAUUUUGGAUGCAAUCGAAAAGGAAACCUCCGGAACUCUGAAGGACUGCUACACUGCACUCGUGAGGUGUGCUAAGAACCCUCAGCUAUACUUUGCCCGGAAGCUGAAUGCCGCUAUGAAAGGGGCCGGAACUGACGAAGACACUCUCAUCCGCAUCAUUAUGUGUCGCUCAGAGAUUGAUCUGGAGACCAUUAAAGACAUGUACCUGGAGAAAUAUGAUGUGUCUCUAAAAGACGCCAUCAGCUCGGAAUGCGGCGGAGAUUUCAAGCGCCUCCUGCUGGCCAUCCUACACUAAAAGAAACCCAGUCCGAGUGCUUACCGUUGACCAAGGAGGUUUUCACUAAAAGAACUAGUUUAAAGUGAAGAGUUAGUAACACAAGCUUUAAGUACAAUAUGUUUAAUAUGAAUGUUUUAUUAUGCUGUGCACAUAUGUAUUUCGUAUAUAUUAUGAAGAUGCAUAACACCACUCAAAUGUCGCAUUGGUGUCCAGUUUCUAUGGCAUUCCUUAUUCUUGAGGCAUAAUUGGCCAGUUGAAUUAGUUUAAGUGGAGUCUUAUGGUUUCCAGGAUUAUACGAUAAUAUUGUUACAUUAUGAUGAUUAGAAGUUGAGAAGUUAAUACAUAAAUGAUACAAAGCCAGCAUUUUCCAUGUUCCAGUAUUUUUCCACACUGAAACCUCACAGUUUUACGGUUUCAAAAUGUGCAUGACCAUGUGAAUUCUGAAUAUUUAUGUGAAUGACUUGCUAAAUGCUAAAAUUACAAUGUAACAUUUACCGUCUGCGAAACAAUUGUCUAUUUAAGAGAUUUCUGCAGCUUUUUUUGUCCACUUGUGGUAAAAUAUCGGAAUUAUUGAAGCAACCGUUUUUAAUCACUCAUUUAAUAUACGGUGUGUUGUUGUAACUUACACAAUACUAAAGUAUUUAUAUUAUUUACAUGGAAUCAUUUUAAUAUGAUUUACAGUAUAUUUUAAUAUAUCUGUAACACAAGAAUACAGGCAGAGUUCUGCUGUCCUCCCAAAAAAUGUAUUUUAUCAGAUUAAUAUUUAGAACAUUCACUAGGCCCAUGUGUCAGUUGGUAUAAAUGAAUUGCAGGACUCACUAUUUGAAAAAUGACUAUUUAAAUGAAUCAUAGUUUGAAUAAACGAGAUGGAAUCUGGAGAAUUAUCUUCUGUAUUAAUACCCUAAAGUAAUUUACUGAAUAAAAUAAAGCAGUUCAAAGUUCCUGGA